GAGCCGGCAAUAUUGUUUAUAAUUUCGUAUCAUGAUGAAUAUCAACAACAAAAAUCAAAAGCCAAUAUAUAAUUAAAUAAUUAAACAAAAAUACAUAUAUAUAUAUAAAACUAUAUUAGCUCUAUGUAUUUUUCCAUCUUUGUAUACAUCAAUGGGACACACAAGAACCAAGAAAAAAAACAAGAAAGCAAAUAACCCGUUUGAUAAUUCUAAUAAUUAACGUUGUUUACUAUAUAUACAAGAAGAACACCUAAAAUAAUUAAUUAAUUAUUAAGAAAACACACACAUAUAUAUAUAUUUAUUUAUUUAUAAAAGAAAAUACAUGACUUGAUCAAAUUAAGUGUCCAAAAAUGGAGGUGAGCAUGUUGAUGAUUAUGGGUGUAAUAUCGACAGUUUUGGUUUCAAUUUUGUUUGUGUUCCAAAUUUUGUUUUGGGCAACACCAAAAGAUAUGGAAGGCAUUCCUGGUAGAUUGGGGUGGCCUGUCAUUGGAGAAAGCUUCUCAUUUAUUUCUGAAUUUUCAAGCCCAUCUGGUAUUUUCACCUUCAUGAACAAGAGGCAGCAAAAGUAUGGGAAAGUAUUCAAAUCAUUUGUAUUAGGAAGAUUCACAGUUUUCAUGACUGGAAGAGAAGCAAGCAAAAUAUUAUUAAGUGGAAAAGAUGGAAUGGUGAGUUUGAACCUAUUCUACACAGGACAACAAGUGCUUGGCCCCACAAGCUUGCUCCAAACCACCGGAGACGCUCACAAGCGCCUCCGCCGCCUCAUCGCCGAGCCCUUAUCCAUAGAUGGACUCAAAAAGUACUUCAACUUCAUCAACUCCCUCACCAUUUCCACUUUGGACAAUUGGCAUGGAAGAACUGUUUUUGUUCUUGAAGAAGCUUCCACAUUCACACUACAAGUGAUUGGGCACAUGAUAAUGAGCUUGGAGCCGUCAGGUGAAGAACAAGAGAAAUUCAGAGCCAAUUUUAAGCUCAUUUCUUCCUCUUUUGCUUCUUUGCCUUUUAAAAUCCCUGGAACUGCCUUCCACCGUGGCAUUAAGGCUAGGGAUAGAAUGUAUGCAAUGUUAGACUCAAUAAUUUUGAAGAGGAGAAAUGGAGAAGGAUCAUUUCAAGAAGAUUUCUUAGAAUCAUUGCUUGUAAAACACAGCAAAUUAGAAGUUGAUGAAGAAGAUGAUAAUAAUAAUAAUAAACUCACUGAUAAACAACUCAAAGACAACAUACUAACUCUUCUUGUUGCUGGCCAUGAUACCACUACUGCUGCUCUUACUUGGCUCAUCAAAUUCCUUGGACAAAAUCCACUCGUUUUGGAACAACUCAGAGAGGAACACUUAGAAAUAAAAGCAAAGAGAGAGAGUGGCACAAGUCUCACUUGGGCUGAAGUCAACAACAUGCCUUACACUGCUAAAGUAAUUAGUGAAACUCUUCGAAGAGCCACAAUUCUACCUUGGUAUUCAAGAAAAGCAGCUCAAGAUUUUGAAAUAGAUGGAUACAAAAUAAAGAAAGGUUGGUCAGUGAACUUGGAUGUUGUUUCAAUCCACCAUGACGAGAAAGUUUUUCCAAAUCCAGAAAAGUUUGAUCCUUCAAGAUUUGAUAGUCCAUUGAGACCUUAUAGCUUUCUUGGAUUUGGUAAUGGGCCUCGUAUGUGUCCUGGAAUCAACCUGGCCAAAAUUGAGAUCUCUAUAUUCAUCCACCAUUUGGUUUGCACAUACAAAUGGAGAGGUCUUGAUGAGGAUGACUCUGUCCAACCAACACUUGUGAGAAUGCCAAGAAACAAGUACCCAAUUAUAGUUGAAGCUCUUUGAGAUAUCCAUCCAAUAAAUCAAAAAUAUAGUAAUUGGUGUUGAGUAUUAAUAAAACUCCUUAAUAAGUAGCACUACCUAACAUCACUACAAAUAUGAUUGAUUAAUGGGGUUUUUUUUUAAUAAUAAGUUAUUAAAUCAAUAUAUAUUUUUAUAUAAUUGCAUUAAUAAUAGUAUGAUAUUUUAUAGUAAAGCUUAUUUAUACUGUAAGUCCUUAAAUUAUAUAAGUUUUGGCAAGUUGAUCCCUAAAUUUUAUUUUUUGGCAAAUUAGUUCUCAAACUUUAUUUUUUGGUAAAUUGGCAAGUUGAUCCCUAAACUUUAUUUUUUGAUAAAUUGGCAAAUUAAUGUAUGAGGUAAUAUAAGUUUAGAAAUUCAAUUAUUUUGAAUUUUAUGAAAAUAAUUUUGAAAUUUAUUCAAAAUAAAAUUAUUUUGGCCAAUAGAAUAGUACGCCAUGUGUACAUAGGUGUACACCUUGGUAAUCCUAGUUGGUGUCACUGUUGGCAUUUAACAAUAACAUUUAACCGAUACCUUAGAUUUGCAAGUUAACUUAAGGGAGUUGUACUAUAAAAAAAAAAUAAAUAAGGAGUUAAGUGUAUACUAAUUAAAAUUUAAGGGAAUUUGACCGUAAAUUUCUCUAUAAUAUUUAUAACUUAAUGUAUAGUGCCUCUUUACAUGUAGCUAAUAAUUAUUCAUGAGCUAAAUCUUUUAGCUAUAAUAUCUCAUUUGAUGGGAUGACAUUUUUCAUUUGUUUUUUUUUUUCUUUUCUUUAAUUUUUUUUUUUUAAUUUUUUUUACCUUAUAGCUAAAUAAUUUACCUCUAUUUUAGCUACUCUAAUAUGAGUGUUAUAAGAGCACUCACAACAACUGCUCUAAAAUAGAGAAACUUUAAAAUAUAUAAAGAAUCGUAUUACAAACACGCUACAUUAAAUGCUCUAAACUCUUUCUUCAUUUUAAAAUUUCUUUAAAAUUUACUAUUUAUGCUCUACAUUUAUAGAAUAUACUAUUUAUUGCUCUAAAUAUAUUUUAUUAAUUGUUUUAGAUUUUAAUAAUUAUUUUUGUAUGUAUGUGUAUGUAUUAAUAUCAUAUAUUUGAAAGAAAAUAUAUUAAACUUUUUAAAAAGUGGGGUUUUGGUAAUGUGUUUUUAAAGAAGCUCAUGUAAGGUGUAAUAUAAAAGUGUGUUGUAAAUUAGAGAAGAUAGAAUUUUGGUGAUGUGCUUUAAAGAAUAGAAUAUAGAUAGAGAAGCUAUUGUGAGUGCUCUAAGAGCAUCUCCAAUGGUAGCAUCCUUUAAGGAUGCUAAAAAUUUCCACAUCAUUCAAAAAUAUAAUGUUUUAUUUUAUCUCUCUUCCACAUUAUUUUUAGCACUCUUACUUCUAAAAUUACUCCAAUGGUAUAGCACUCUUCAAAAAUAUUUCAAUUAUGAUCUCACACAUUAUUAUUUAAUUUUUUAGUUUUAAUUUUUUAUUAAAAAAAAUAAUAAUAGCAUCAAUGCUACUGUAUAGCAUUCACACAUAUUUCCAAAAUAGUAUUCUUUUUCCUCUAAUGGUAUAGCAUCUCAACUUUUUACUACUUUCUUUAUCCACCUCAGCAAGCAUUCUUUAAAUUUUUUUUUACUAUUGGAGAUACUCUCAAAACAACUCUAGAAGAAGUGGUCUAAAGAUUACUGACUGACAAAGUGGAUCCCAAUUUAUUUUUUCAAUUAUUUUUUUAUUUAUCUUACUUGUGAUAUGAUACUUUUAAUUAAUAUAAUAUUUAAAAAUUUUAGGCAACAUUAAAUGUGGCCUUGCGUGGGAGAUACCCUAAGAGGCAUGUUAAAAGUAUUGAUUUAAUUAAUCAUUUUUUUUGGUAAGUAAGUAAGAAUAUUAUAGUAAGAAAAAAAAAAAAAAAAAAACCCUUUACAACAAAGACCCAUAUAAGUAUAACUAAUAUAUUGCACUUUCUUAAACUCCCCAACCAAUCAAUAUCCUCUAUACUAGCUUUCUCUCUUUUAAAUUGAGAAAAUCUCAUACAAAUGUCUCUUUUAAUUCUAUUUACAAGAAAAUGAACCGUAUAUACAUUCGCAUUCCAAAGAGUUAUUUCGUGCAUCCUAAAUAUAGUACACCAAGGUAUUUAUCACACAAGUAUAAAUAUUUCUUUUAUAACUAUUUUUGUUUUUUAAUUUUAAAAAUAAAAAAUAAAAUGUGUUUUAUAAGUUUUAUUUUUUAAUUUUAUUUAUGUUUUAUCAUCAUAAAUAAUACAUUUUAGUAUUAUUAUUAUUUUCAUUUAUACCAUUUUAAUUAUUUAAUUAUUAUUUUUAAAUAUUAACAUUAGAUGCUAAACUAUUACAAUGGUUUGAGAGGGAAAACCUCUCUGUUCGAAAAUAAAAGAGGAAGUCUGAAAU